AUGAGCUCUGCUGGAGACGAAGAGAGCACUGCUGCGAGCGGAGAACAGAUCCGCCCGCCGGUGCAGGAGGCCCGCGAUGCGGAGCUUGCAAGUUUGCAACUACAGACUUCGCAAUUGGCGGCCCUGGUGGAGGAGUCGGUGAAGAAGAAGGAGCCUGGCAGCGUCGUGGCGGAUGCAGCCAGUAGGGGCGGCUGGGUUGCCGCCCCCGGAGGCCAAGAAGAGCCCAUGCAGGAGCUUGGCGGUGGCGGGGAAAUUCUCCAGCAGCAAGCGAGAGAUGAUGGGCAAGGACCACGGCAGCUGCUGGAAGGCGGCUGGGCCAGCAGAUCGGGAGCGAACCGUGUUGGACCAGCAGCAGUGGGCCCGGGCAUAGGGCCGGACUACGGGGAAGCGAGGGGGUUAAACCCCCCAGGUGAGAUACCCGUGAUUCGAGGAGAUGGAGAAUACCUCGACGGCUGCAUCCCACCCGAGUACCAGCAAGCGAAGUUAAUGUUGGAGACAACAACGGCACUGGAUAGGGCCGAGAUCGUCAGGAUCGUGACCACGGUGCACGCGAGGCUCCCUGAGGGGAGGCAGGCCUCGAAGGGCCAGCGGAGAGCGGAGCACGCUCUCCUCGUGAGCGACGGUAGCGGUGGGGGAGGAGCGCCGGGCCUCGGCAGCGGCGGCAACCAGAAGGGGAGAGAGGGUGGCGUGAAGGCUGGUGGCGGAGGCGGAGGCGGCGGAGGCGGCGAUGACGAUGCGGGUAGCAUGUGCGGUCGCUGUUUCCGGUGCGGCAAGAAGGGCCACCAGGUGGCCGACUGCACCGUGAAUAAGCCCAUGCGAUGUGAGACAUGCAAGGGCUACAGACACGACAAGAGCAAGUGCCCGGCCGAGGGGGCGGUGCUCGUGGUGGAAGUGCCGGCGGGGGGGCGUCUGCGAACGCCACAGCACUGGACGUGGCAGAAGAGGUGCUGGUGGUCGGUGGCAUCUCAGGUGAGUGUCACAAAGUCGUUGGUCGAGGGGGUGUAGAGAAGGCUAGGCGGGGUAGGUAUGUUGCCGAUACCGGCGCUACCACCCACAUGUUCGCGAAACCAAAUAAGUUUGUUCGUUACGAAGAGUGUGAUCGACGUGUGCGCGUCGAAGCCGGAGAAACCUUUUUCCCCAUCGUGGGGUACGGCGACGUGACGGUAACCCUUAGCUCGCGCGACAGUACAACCGACCUGUUGUUGAAACGGGUUGCACACGUUCCCCGACUAGAUUACAACCUAGUAUCUCUCACUUCCCUCGUCGACGAGGGGUUCGAAACCAAAAACCUCAAUAAACACGAGUUGGAAUUGGAGAGAGGGGGGGGAGCCGGUGUACUUCCCCCGAUGCGGUAACCUGUACGUCCAUAACGGUUUCCGCACACACACCGAACAUGCCUGUGCCGCAAUUGCUCCUGGCAACGCGAAAGCGCCCAGCACCCCCGUUGACAUCAACGAUUUCCACUGCGCGCACGGCCACUCC